GUGCCGUUGCUUCCAAUGAGGUUAAACAGCGUCUUUUGGAGUUUGUCUUGAGCAAAAAGCAACGAGAAGCAGUGAUAAGCAGUGUCAGUAACUCUCCAACUGGAAAUAAAAACUGGCACACUCUUUUGGAAAAAUAUAAUGAAGAGUAUCCUCUCCGUAAAACUGAAAAUGGAAAUAAGAAGUCAGACUCCGGGCCUGGCUCUCCUCAAGAGUAUGCUUCAAUUCCAAACUUAUCUCAAGCAACAAGCAUUAGUAAACCUCUUCCACAGGAUGCUGGAAGACAUCCGUAUGAUGCAUCCAUUGGUCAGUCAAGUGGAUUGAUACUCGGUUCGUCUUCUAUGCCAAAUAUUUCUCUUGGUCGUCCUCCAACACACUGUAAUACCAAUGAAUCAAAGGACGUAUCAGCAACGUCUGAGGCCCAGGCUAGAGCUACAGCUGCAGCACAAUUGGGAUUGCCACUGACAUCUCACAGUCUUCAUUCCUCUCUUCCAUUCUACCCAUCUUUACCGGUCAUAGAUGGAGAAUUUUCCUCACCUACAAAUCCCGCCUACAUCCAGCAUCAGAUGAAAGCCUUAGAACAAGCUUCCUCGUCGAGACAAGACCUUUCCGUAAAUGAAGUUAUGUCUGCUGCCUCUGAAGUUUACUACCCUGUUAGUGACAUUACAGAGGCUCAGGCUAGACUACAUCGAAACAUCAACCGUCCUUUAGGCAGAACUCAGUCAGCUCCUUUGCCCCUUGGUCACCCCCUGUUACAGCCUCAGGGGAUUGUUCUCUCUUCCCCUCAAGGUGAAUCUUUCUUCUGGGACCAACAGCACUGUUUGUUGAGGCAGCACAUCCGACAGACAGUACUGACACGUGCCAGCAGCAAAAAUCAAGUCGAAAAUGUUGAGGAAGAAACAGAAGCUGCCGUGGCUCAAGAGAUGAAGGAUUCCUCUUCUUCAGAUCAAAAAUGUUUUAUCCCUGUAGAAACAAUUGACUUGACUGAAUCCAAAUCAAAGGACGACAACGAUGAAGUUAGUAUGGGACCCAGCUGUUCCACCAAGGACAAUUUUCUUCAAGUACCUAACGGGCCAGUUUUUGCUUCUCGUAACCACGUGGCUCGCCCAUUGUCUCGUGCUUUGUCCAGUCCGUUAGUGAAUCUUGAUUCUGCCGGAAGUUCUCAAGAGAAGCUUGUAUCCACUCAUCAUCCCUUUACUACAGGUUUAGCAUACGACAACUUGAUGUUAAAACACCAAUGUGUUUGUGGGGAAAACUCUCAUCAUCCUGAGCAUGGAGGACGGUUGCAGAGUAUCUGGGCUCGUCUUCACGAGACUGGUCUAGUGGCACAGUGUGAGAGGGUGAAAGCAAGAAAAGCCAGUUUUAAUGAAAUACAGGCUUGUCAUAGUGAAGCCUACACCAUGUUGUUUGGUACAAAUCCUUUAAACAGACAAAAACUAGACCUGAACAAGCUGGAUUUACCAGUAAAGAACUUUGUGAGACUUCCCUGUGGUGGUGUAGGAGUUGACUUGGACACUAUUUGGAAUGAGCUGCAUACGGCAGGUGCUGCCCGGAUGGCAGCAGGGUGUGUCACUGAAUUAUCUCUUAAGGUUGCCACCAGGGAAGUAAAGAACGGUUUUGCCGUUGUUCGACCUCCAGGUCACCAUGCCGAAUCCCAGCAGGCCAUGGGUUUUUGUUUUUUCAACUCAUUGGCUAUUGCUGCAAGACAACUGCAACAGAAGCUGAAAGUAGAGAAAAUUCUGAUAGUUGACUGGGAUGUUCACCAUGGCAACGGACUUCAGCAGAUCUUCUAUGAUGAUCCCCAAGUUCUUUAUAUUUCUCUCCAUCGUCAUGAUGAUGGGAACUUCUUUCCAGGAACAGGUGGUCUUCAAGAGGUGGGGACUGGUGAUGGCGUGGGGUUCAAUGUGAACAUCCCCUGGGCUGGAGGACUUAAUCCUCCCAUGGGAGACGCUGAGUACAUUGCUGCUUUCAGAUCCAUUGUGAUACCCAUCGCUCAAGAGUUUGACCCUGAGAUAGUUCUUGUGGCAGCAGGAUUUGAUGCAGCACAAGGCCACCCCCCGCAACUAGGUGGCUAUAACAUCUCUCCAGCUUGUUUUGGGUUUCUUACUAAACAGUUGAUGCAGUUAGCUAAAGGAAAAGUAGUAAUGGCCUUGGAAGGAGGAUACGACCUGCCAGCAAUCUGUGAUUGUUCACAAAUGUGCGUUGCAACACUUCUCGGUGAAACUAGCUGCUCGUUGACAGAUGAAGAGAUUGUUCGACAUCCCCACCAGGUAGCAGUGGAUGUACUCAAGCGUGUGAUAUCCAUACAAGUAUCACACUGGCCUAAUAUCAGACGAAAGGCACAUUUGAUUGGUUGUUCAUUACUAGAGAUCCAACAAAGAGAGAAUGGAUUGGUAGACACCAUCAAUAGUACAUCAUUUUCAGUGGCAGUUGUACAAGAUCACAAACAAAGGACAGUGGUCAGUGCUAGUCAAAAUGAAGAAUCUAUGGAUGUAGAUAAGUAAAGAUACUCAGUUUUAAGUCAUUACUGACUAUAGCCGAACUACUAGGAGACUACUGUAAGUUUGUAUACUGAGAAUCUUGCGAAAAUGAGAGAACCAACAUGAGCAGCUUGGUUUAUAACCAAGAAGGUGGCUUAGAGCAUGUCAGACUUGGCAUCGUCAGUUCACGUAGAAGAAAUAGGUGUGAUAGGAGAGUAUAGUUGAAAACACACCAGGACCCAUUGGUUCUAGACUGUGUAGCUCAUAUUGUAAGAAUAGAUAUUCAACAUCUCAUAUUCUGAGAAUUUCUAAUGAACCUGUUAUUGUACACUUUUAAUCAUAUACAGAUAUGUGUAAGAUAUUGUCGUAGAUAUCUGCUCUGAACGUACUUAGAUACUGUCUUGUGCAGUGAACUGAAUUAUGAUGAUGUGUUCUUGUUUUAGUCUUCCUAAGUAUUUCUGCAUCUCUAGCUUCAAUCACUACCUUCAGUUCUUGUGUGAAUAUAUCAAUGUAACAUUAUUUCUACACAGCAUUAAAAAGUUUGAAAUAAAUUUGAUUUCAUUAAGGAAUAUGGAAGUAGUUAGGGAACACCUGUUUUAAACAUAGCAGAGGAAUGUCUACACCAUAGAUAGUUGGGGAAUGUCUACACCAUAGAUAGUUGGGGAAUUUCUACACAAUAGAUAGUUGGGGAAUGUCUACACCAAAGAUAGUUGGGAGAUGUCUACACCAUAGAUAGUUGGGGAAUGUCUACACCAUAGAUAGUUGGGGAAUGUCUACAACAAAGAUAGUUGGGGAAUGUCUACACCAUAGAUAGUUGGGGAAUGUCUACAACAAAGAUAGUUGGGGAAUGUCUACACCACAGAUAGUUGGGGAAUGUCUACACCAUAGAUAGUUGGGGAAUGUCUACAACAAAGAUAGUUGGGGAAUGUCUACAACAAAGAUAGUUGGGGAAUGUCUACACCAUAGAUAGUUGGG